AUGGAAUUUUAAUCAUAGAAAUUAGUAGGGGAGUCAAAUAUGUUAUUACUAGGAUAAUACAUUUAGGUAAAAUUAAAAAUUGAUAAUUUGAGGAUAAACUUUGUAAAAUCUACUUUGAUUAUGAAUUAUUGAAUCCAUUAAAUACAUUGAUGGAUGAUUUAUCUGUGAAAUAAUCUUUAUCAGACUUUUUAAAUAAAAUUUAAGAUGUAAGUAAGUAGGUUAUUUAGAUUACAAGUUUAAUAAAUUUUGGUUUGAAGCCUAUUGGUUUAUAUUUUAGAGGUGAAUUGCCAGAGUAUUGUAAGAACAAUAGCAUAUUAAAAAAGAUUUGUAGUGUUUUUAAUACUGAAACAUUAUUGUUAUAUGCUCAGAAUUAAAAACUGGUAUUCUCUUCAAAAGUACAUUGAAUUUAAAUAAUAAAAGAAUAUUACAACAAGUGCAGCAAAUGUUAAAUUUAUAGAUUAAUUUGAUUUAAGGAGAAUAAAAUUGAAAACAAGUCUUAAAUAGAACAUUGGAUAAGAAAUAUAUGUGUAAAAUAUAUUGGAGAAUCUACGUAAAAGUUAUGAAAACUUGAAUCUCUUAUAUGGUGAUUAGAUUUUAGUUUAAUAACAAAAAUUGAGCGAACUUACUAGAGAGAAGGAAAUAAUUUUAGGAUUUUUCAAAGCUUAGACUUAAUCAAGUGAAUGUAUUUAAAAUGAUGAAAAUAAAAUUCUUUAGGGGGAUGUAUCAACUUUAAUUUUAGCUGAUUCGAAUAUAGCAAUAUCAGAUUUGAAGUUGGUAUGAAUAGUAUUAAAUUAUAGUUAAUAGUGAAUGACAUAUUAGAGUCAUUGAAAGUAAGAUUAUCUUAAGAAUUAAGUCCUCCAUGUUAUUUGGCAAAAAGAUUGUUAAUAACAUUUAAAUAGAAUGAUUUAAUACUAUAAAAUUAUAUAGAUCAUGAAUUCAAUAGAGAUUAAGAAAUAAAUUAUAUAAAGUAGUAUUUUGGGUAGUUGGAAAUAGAAGAAAUAAAGAUUUUGGAGAGCAGAUAAACAAUAAAAAUAGAAUAGGCUAAAAAAAGAUUAGAAUAGUAAGAGAUAAUAAAAGAGAAAGUUGAAGUGAAGAAAGAUGAAGUGGUUGGAUAAUAAAUUUAGUAGGAAUAACAUUAAGAGAUGAAAGGAAGAUUAAAACAAGAAUAUUUAAUAAUGAUAGCAAUAUUUGGAGUGUUGAUAGCAAUAUAUUUGAAGACAUUAUUUUGA